CUUGCCACUGCAGCUUGCUCCCAGCACAGAUCACAGACACCGGUCAGCGGUGAGGAUUAUGUGUACUAGUAUCCCGUCUUAAAACGCCGAGGAACAACUGACUAUCCCACUGGGCUUUGACAUCUUUUCAACGCCAUUGCCAUACCUCUUACUUAAUUUUGUACGCUUUUCUGUAUAUCACGCGGAAUAUUGAAGACAGGCGUAUCGUAGAAAAUGUCAGUGGUGGGAUUUGACUUGGGCUUUCAAAGCUGCUAUGUAGCUGUAGCCCGAGCAGGAGGGAUCGAGACAGUCGCUAAUGAGUACAGCGACAGAAGCACACCGUCAUUUGUAUCGUUUGGACCAAGAAAUCGCUCUAUCGGAGCAGCUGCAAAGAGCCAGGUGGUGACCAACUGUAAGAACACUGUUCAGGGAUUUAAGCGUUUCCAUGGGAGGGCAUUCACAGACCCAUACAUCCAGUCAGCCAAGUCUACGGUUGUGUAUGACUUGGCACAGAUGCCAUCUGGAUCCACUGGUAUAAAGGUGAUGUAUAUGGAGGAGGAGAAAGUAUUCAGCAUCGAGCAGGUCACUGGCAUGCUGCUGACCAAACUGAAGGAGACUGCUGAAAGUGCAAUGAAGAAACCAGUUGCUGAUUGUGUGAUCUCUGUCCCAAGCUAUUUUACUGAUGUAGAGAGGAGGUCUGUCAUGGAUGCGGCUCAGAUCGCAGGCCUAAACUGUCUACGACUAAUGAAUGAGACGACUGCAGUGGCUCUCGCAUAUGGCAUCUACAAGCAGGACCUGCCAGCCCCAGAAGAGAAGCCCAGGAUUGUGGUGUUUGUGGAUCUGGGCCACUCUGGUUACCAGGUGUCGGUUUGUGCCUUCAACAAGGGAAAGCUUAAGAUCCUGGCUACAGCGUUUGAUUCUGAACUUGGCGGGAAAGACUUUGACAACAUCUUGGUCAACUACUUCUGUGAGGAGUUUGGAAAGAAGUACAAACUGGAUGUCAAGUCUAAGCCCCGAGCACUGGUGCGGCUCUAUCAAGAGUGCGAGAAACUCAAGAAGCUGAUGAGUGCCAACUCCUCCGACCUGCCGCUCAACAUUGAAUGCUUCAUGAAUGACAUUGAUGUUUCUAGUAAACUAAACAGAGGUCAUUUUGAGGAGAUGUGUGCGGGGCUGCUGGCCAAAGUAGAGGGUCCCCUGCGCAGCAUCAUGGAACAAGCCAAACUGAAAAAGGAAGACAUCUAUGCGGUGGAGAUUGUUGGCGGCGCUUCCAGAAUCCCAGCCAUCAAAGAGCGUAUCAGCAAGGUCUUUGGCAAAGAGCUGAGCACCACCCUGAACGCAGAUGAGGCUGUGGCCAGAGGCUGUGCUCUGCAGUGUGCCAUCUUGUCACCGGCCUUCAAAGUUAGAGAAUUCUCCAUUACAGAUGUUGUCCCCUACUCGAUUUCCCUGAAAUGGAAUUCAGCCGCUGAAGAUGGCGUGAGUGAUUGUGAAGUUUUCCCAAAGAACCAUGCAGCUCCCUUCUCCAAAGUUCUGACCUUCUACCGGAAGGAGCCCUUCACCCUUGAUGCCUACUACAACAACCCCAAGGAGCUGCCCUACCCCAGCACCACCAUAGGACAGUUUAACAUCCAGAAUGUGGUUCCUCAGGCAUCUGGAGAGAGUGCAAAGGUCAAGGUGAAAGUGCGGGUCAAUGUCCACGGUGUGUUCAGUGUAUCGAACGCUUCGCUCGUAGAAGUUGUGAAAACUGCUGAGGGUGAGGAGCCAAUGGAGACAGACCCGACAGUGAAAGACGAAGAGAACAAAAUGCAGGUGGACCACGAGGAUCAGAAGCAUCAGUCUGGAGAAAAUGGAGACAAGAAGUCUGAGGCUGAAGAGAUGGAGAUGACAGAGGAGGCCAAGCAGGAGAAGAAUGAUCAACCCUCUCAGCCAAAGAAGCCCAAAGUGAAAACUAAGACAGUGGAGCUGCCCAUAGAGAACAAUUUGCACUGGCAGCUGUCCGGUGAAGUGCUUAAUAUGUUUGUGGAGAAUGAGGGCAAGAUGAUCAUGCAGGACAAGCUGGAGAAGGAGAGGAACGAUGCCAAGAACAAUGUAGAAGAGUAUGUGUACGACAUGAGGGACAAACUGCAUGGCUCCCUGGAGAAGUUUGUGAACGACACUGAUCGGGAUGCAUUCUCAUUAAAACUGGAGGAUACAGAGAACUGGCUGUAUGAAGAUGGAGAAGACCAACAGAAACAAGUGUACAUUGACAAACUGGCUGAAUUAAAGAAACUGGGUCAGCCGAUCAAGGAGAGAUACAUGGAAGCCGAGGAGAGGCCAAAAGCAUUUGAGGAACUUGGCAGACAAAUCCAGUUGUACAUGAAGAUUAUUGAAGCGUACAAGGCAAAGGAUGAGCAGUACGAUCACCUGGAUGAGCUGGAGGUGACUCGGGUGGAGAAGCAGGUGAAUGAUGCCAUGGUCUGGAUGAACACCAAGAUGAACCUGCAGAACAAUCAGGACCUCACCCAGGAUCCUGUGGUUAAAGUCGAGGAGAUCAAGGCCAAGUCUAAGGAGCUUUAUCAAGCCUGCAAUCCCGUGGUAUCCAAACCCAAGCCCAAGGUGGAGCCUCCCAAGGAGCAGAAGACGGAGAAUGGACCAAUCAAUGGACAGGAGGGAUCAGAGAGCCAGCCGUGCAACCAAGACAAAGCCACACCUGCAGCAACGGAACAGGACAAGGCCGACAACAAGCUCCCUGAAAUGGACAUUGACUAACAACUCCAGCUGUUUCCCCAAGGUUCAACUCUGUUUGUCCUGCUACUCGCUCCAGAUUCUGUUGUUUUCCUGAGAUUGUUGUUGUUGACACAGUAGCCUCUCUCUCUUGAAGACAAGACAGCAGCAGCAUCCUUAAUCAGUGCAAUUCAUCCAUCAGCCACCUCGACAUGUCGGUUCUUGUUUCCUUUUAAGUACUAAAAUAUUGCAUAAUAUUAAUAUUGACUGGACUACUUUAUGAAGUAGGAGUUGUGUCUGUGGGAUGAUAACUGCUUUCUCUGUGUUUCUUUGAUGGCCAUUAAGUUUAAGAAUGUUCAGUUGUUCUUGAAUCCAUUUACUUAUGCUAAGAAUAUCAGGUUUAAAGAAGCAUGCAAAAUGCCUCUGGAAAAACAGUAACAAUCAAAGGAUUCAUGAAGAUGUAAAAUAACACAGUGCGUCUAAAUAAGAUGUAGAUACAGUGGCACUUAUAGACAAAUGUUUCAAAUUGUACAUGAUGUUUUUUUUCUCUACAAAACAAUGUUGAGUGCUGGAUUAUUACAUAAAAGGACAGGCUGAGUUUUUCAUGUUACUUGUACUGUAUGUUGCAUUUAGAUACUACAAUAUACUGUCAUGCAGUA